GUUGGACCAUGGUAUUCAAGGUAGUGGCCGGUGUUGAAGCUGAUAUCUCUCUUCUGUGGUCAUCUACUGACACUUUAAACGAAAACAAAACAGAAUUAUUGAAUACCACUUCAACGCCCAAAGAAAAUUACAAGAACCGCUUGGUCAGGGAAUGGCAGACCUUAGGACUCAAGGAGGCGCGGGUUGUUCUCUACCAAAACAAUUCUGAAGUUCUAUCCAUCACGUUCAACGCAACUGGGACCAACAACAUCAACUGGUUUGCCAUGAAUCAGGUGAUUGAAUCGCCAUGGACUGAACUGGCUAGUGAACCGCGAAACAUCUUCUCUAAUGUUGGUCGAAAUGAUUCCGAUGGCAGAACUUUUCACAUAAACAGGAAUUAUGGGGGAUGUAAUAAUGAUGCAGGGUGGCUCUUGGUGACUGAGGGUAAACCAUGUGAAUACGAUGGGAAGUUUUCACCAAUAGUGAUCUAUUAUAGCAAAUUCGAUAACUACACGAACUGGAAUUCUCAAGAGACUGUUGGCACAGCUGAUUUCCUGGUGGUUUUCGUUCGUUGAUCCAAAGAGCCAAAAGGAGAUGGACAUAAAUGAUCAUAAAUUGUUUCGCAGAUAACUCUUUGGCACUCCAUUACUCAACAAACUAUUUUAUGAGCUGUACAUAAUUACUGACUUCCUGUUAUGAGCAGGCCAGUGAAUGAGCUGAAAAAGCAAUUUUUUAACCGAGUUUCGUGAAAUUUUUCACGAAAGUCAUUGCCAAAGUCAGACAUUUACUGUUUACCCGUUCCCUUAUUACUUACUUAUUUCAUAUCCGCAUUAAAUUUCCUGUAAAGAUGUACCAGUCAAUUAAAUAGCACAAUGUUUCCUAUAGCUAGCAGAGGGAAUGCGAAAUUGCAUGCGACCGAGCAAAACUGAACUUAAUUUCAAGAGGAUUCCUUUG